AUGUCCACCUUGGCAACAACGUCGGUCAUCUACGGAUCGAUGUUUUCGAUCGGCGUCCCGGCGAACGGCUUCUUGAUAUGGGUCUACUACAAGAUGUCCAAGAAACGCAGAAGGGCAGGUAAAAAGGGCGCCCUCAAAGGGUUCACAUCAACUGAUCUCUUGCUUUUGGGGCUAGCUGUGAUUGACUUCAUAGCUUGUGCUACAGCACCUCUGUAUUUUGGCUUCUUCAGUAUACGAGAUGACUGGAUGUGCAAGUUCUGCUUUUUCAUGAGCCGGGCGGCGUGCCUCGCGGCUCUCUUUAUGACCGUAGCCUUAGCAGUGUAUCGGUACCACAUUGUAGUAUGUGUAAACACGUCAUGGUCUCAAAACCCCUGUGUCAUUGUAGUCGUGUCGAUCAUGUGUCUUGUACUCUCAACCUUGAUGCACUCUGUGAUAUUGGCCAAUGGGAGGUUCGUUGACAUUGUAGGAUGCAAGCCUCUCGGAGAUAUCGGAUCAAGGGGCGAGAUGAUUUACCGAGUUUCGGUGUGUGUCAUUUUUGUUGCCUGCCUCGUGAGCGUCAUUGCUCUGUAUUGUAAAAUAGCUUGGUUUCUGAGGAAGUCUCGUUCCCGGCACAUCUAUCCUCUGGAAUCGCCAGGUAAGGAACUGGUUCCGAUAACAAACACUUCCCAGAUAUUCUCCACUGUAGCAACUAGUAAUAAUCACAAAGAGCCAGGAAUUGAACCGAACAUUACGCUGUUCACCAGAACUCUACCCAAAGGACGAGGUGAAAUUGCCACCAGCGAAAACGUCGAACGCGGGGGUAACAGCCAACAGGCGGGAGAAUCUCAGGAUCGGAAUCUGGCUGCCUCUGAGGGUAUCCCAACUGUUUCCGGAAGAAUCCGUGACUAUCCUGAAACGAUGACGAGCGACGUAGUACCGAAGAUCGAGCGGCGUCCGGUUGUAAACAGGUUAAAAGCGGCCAAUCGAAAAGACCACGGCAAGGCAACCAAAAUGAUAAUUAUAUUAACCCUGAUUAUCUACAUCUCUUGGAUUCCAUACAUAUUAAGCCUUCUUUUCGCAACACAGAUCGGGUUGUUCCUAAGGAGAAUCAAUCAGCCUUGGGUCGUAGGAAUAAUGGUAUUUCUCAUCCGUCUUAGAGAGGUGAUCCAUAUUUGCAACACGUUCGUCUAUGUUGCGAUAAACAACAGGUUUCGAAAAACAGCGAGGGAAAUUAUAGCCGAGACCACUUUUGCUAAGUGUCUGCGAUAA